UUUCUUGUUUCCGGUCCGACCCGGAUUCACAACAACCGCUUGAGACUGCUAACCAGCUAGCUAGCUAAGUGACUCAGGCGGCUACUUUUGUGUAUUAUUCACGGUUACGGUCCGUUUACCGCCGCGGGACGUGUCACCGGCGGCCGGGCGGGACUCUAGCGGGGCUGCUGUCGUAGCUAACCCACCGACAGACGACAUGAAGACGGUUACUCUGCGUUCAGGCUGAAGUUUGUACCACUGGCAGCAUCACUGGAAGCGGAGGGACGUCGGCUACUGUUAGCCUGCUGAAGCACACCCAGCAACAACAACAACAACAACAACAACAACAACAACAGCAGCGGUCCUGUCAGCAGCAGCAGGGACCACGUUAACAUCCGACGAGGUGUUUUGAGGCGUGAUGGGGAACCAGCUGGCGGGGAUCGCCCCCUCACAGAUCCUGUCUGUGGACAGCUACUUCUCAGACAUCCAUGACCACGAGUAUGAUAAGAGUCUGGGCAGCACCCGCUUCUUCAAGGUGGCCCGGGCUAAACACCGGGAGGGCCUGGUGGUGGUCAAAGUCUUCGCCAUCCAGGACCCGUCGCUGCCUCUGACCAGCUACAAACAGGAGCUGGAGGAGCUGAAGAUCCGACUGCACUCCUGCCAGAACUGCUUGCCCUUCCAGAAAACGUCCCUGACGGAGAAAGCCGCCAUCUUGUUCCGUCAGUAUGUCCGGGACAACCUGUACGACCGCAUCAGCACCCGGCCCUUCCUCAACAACGUAGAGAAGCGCUGGUUGGCUUUCCAGAUCCUCAACGCCGUGGAUCAGGCGCACAAAGCUGGAGUCCGCCACGGCGACAUCAAGACGGAGAACGUGAUGGUGACCAGCUGGAACUGGGUGCUGCUCACUGACUUUGCCAGCUUCAAGCCCACGUACCUGCCGGAGGACAACCCCGCCGACUUCAACUACUUCUUUGACACGUCCAGGCGGAGGACGUGUUACAUCGCUCCAGAGAGGUUCGUGGACGGCAGCAUGUUCACCACAGAGAGCGACCAGAACACGCCGCUGGUGGACCUGACCAAUAACAACCAGAGGAGCCGAGGGGAGCUCAAACAGGCCAUGGACAUCUUCUCUGCAGGCUGUGUGAUAGCUGAGCUCUUCACGGAGGGCGUCCCUCUCUUCGAUCUGUCCCAGCUGCUGGCGUAUCGUAAAGGACACUUCCAGACCGAGCAGGUCCUCCUGAAGAUCGAGGACCGAAGCAUCCGGGAGCUGGUGGCUCAGAUGGUGCAGAGGGAGCCGGAGAAGCGUCUGACAGCUGAGGAGUAUCUGAAGCAGCAGAGAGGGAAAGCCUUCCCCGACAUCUUCUACACCUUCCUGCAGCCGUACAUGGCUCAGUUCGCCAAAGAGACCUUCCAGUCCGCCGACGAGCGAGUGCUCGUCAUCCGCAAAGACCUCGACAACAUCCUGCACAACCUGCGAGGAGGCUCCUCUUCAUCGCCUUCGUCUCAGAACAGCAGUGAUGUGGUGCUGAGCUCCAGGGAGGAGCAGGGCCUCAUCGUGCUGGUGUCCGUCAUCACCUCCUGCCUGCAGACGCUGCACUCCUGCGACUCCAAGCUGGCAUCGCUGGAGCUCAUCCUGCACCUGGCCCCGCGGCUCAGCGUCGACAUCCUGCUCGACCGCAUCACGCCGUACCUGCUGCACUUCUGCAAUGACUCCGUGCCUCGAGUGCGCGCUCAGGCCGUGCGCACUCUGGCCAAAGUGCUGGCUCUGGUGAAGGAGGUGCCGAGGAACGACGUCAACAUCUACCCAGAGUACAUCCUGCCGGGCAUCGCACACCUCGCCCAGGACGACGCCACCAUCGUCAGGUUGGCGUACGCAGAGAACAUAGCUCACCUGGCAGAGAGCGCGCUGCGUUUCCUGGAGCUGGUUCAGGAAAACAACGUGAACACAGAGCAGGACCUGAGCGGCGAGGACACAGAGGAAACCCUCCACCCCAACGAGAACUACGACUCAGAGCUGCAGGCGCUGCACGAGAUGGUGCAGCAGAAGGUGGUGACGCUGCUCAGCGACUCGGAGAACAUCGUCAAGCAGUCGCUGAUGGAGAACGGCAUCACGCGCCUCUGCGUCUUCUUCGGCCGGCAGAAAGCCAACGACGUGCUGCUGUCCCACAUGAUCACCUUCCUCAAUGACAAGAACGACUGGCACCUGCGAGGAGCCUUCUUUGACAGCAUCGUCGGCGUAGCGGCGUACGUCGGCUGGCAGAGCUCCUCCAUCCUGAAGCCUCUUCUCCAGCAGGGCCUGAGCGACACCGAGGAGUUCGUCAUCUACAAAGCUCUCAACGCUCUCACCUGCAUGUGUCAGCUGGGUCUGCUGCAGAAACCUCACAUCUACGAGUUCGUCAGUGACAUCGCUCCGUUCCUGUGUCACCCCAACCUGUGGAUCCGUUACGGGGCGGUGGGCUUCAUCACCGUCAUCGCACAGCACCUGAACGUGGCUGACGUCUACUGCAAGCUGAUGCCUCACCUCAACCCCUUCAUCACCCAGCCCAUCAUCCAGAUCGACAAGGAGCUGGUGCUGCUCAGUGUGCUGAAGGAGCCGGUCAGUCGCUCCAUCUUCGACUACGCCCUGCGCUCCAAAGACAUCGCCAGCCUCUUCCGCCACCUGUUGCUUCGACAGAAGAAGCGCGUGGGAUCAAUCCCAGAAUGCCCCACUCCUGAAGACCCCGCCAUCGCACAGCUCCUCAAGAAACUGCUGUCACAGGGGAUGACCGAGGCGGAGGAGGAUAAGCUGCUGGCGCUCAAAGACUUCAUGUUGAAAUCCAACAAGGCCAAAGCCAACAUGGGCGAGCAGAGUCACCUGGGAGAGGCGGUCCAGACCGGCGUCAUCGACCUGGCCACGCUCGGCAUCACCGGCCGCCAGGUGGACCUGGUGAAACCCAAAGCUGAGGCCGAGGACAAGAGAGCGAGGAAGCACACGAAGCAGGACUCCACCAUGAACGAGGAGUGGAAGAGCAUGUUUGGAUCUCAGGAGCCGCCCUCGGCCCAGACCGCCACGGCUGCAGACGGGCCCACGACUCAGAUCAGGAAGAGCACCGUGCCGCCGAUGUUGCCCGUGCUGCAGUCGGUGGCGAGCGGCCCCGCCUACCAGCGCCGCAUCAACACCUGCAAGGCGGAGCUGCAGCAGCUGGUGCAGCAGAAGAGGGAGCAGUGCAGCGCCGAGCGCAUGGCCAAGCAGAUGAUGGAGAGCGCCGAGUGGGAGAGUCGACCUCCUCCGCCUGGGUGGCACCCUAAAGGGCUGCUGGUCGCCCACCUCCACGAACACAAGGCUGCUGUGAACCGCAUCCGAGUCUCAGACGAACACUCCAUCUUUGCUACGGCGUCUAAUGACGGCACCGUUAAAGUCUGGGACAGUCAGAAGAUGGAGGGAAAGACCACGACCACCAGGUCGGUGCUGACGUAUUCUCGUAUCGGCGGUCACGUGAAGACGCUGACCUUCUGUCAGGGCUCGCAUUACCUGGCGGUGGCCUCAGAUAACGGAUCCAUCCAGCUGCUGGCUGUCGAAGCAAACAAACCACCAAAAUCCCCCAAAGUUCAGCCGUUCCAGACCAGGUGUCUGGACCUGCAGGAGGACGGCUGUGCGGUCGACAUCCACCAUUUUAACUCGGGCGCCCAGUCGGUGUUGGCGUACGCCACCGUCAACGGCUCGCUGGUCGGCUGGGACCUUCGCUCCAACUCCAACGCCUGGACGCUCCGACACGACCUGCGGCUGGGACUCAUCACCUCCUUCACCGUCGACAUGCACCAGUGCUGGCUCUGCCUCGGUACGAGCAGCGGCACCAUGGCAUGCUGGGAUAUGAGGUUUCAGCUCCCCAUCUCAAACCACUCCCACCCCGCCCGAGCACGAAUCAGACGGCUGCUGAUGCAUCCGCUCUACCAAUCGUCUGUGAUCGCAGCUGUCCAGGGCAAUAAUGAAGUGUCUAUGUGGGACAUGGAGACCGGGGACCGUAAGUUCACCCUGUGGGCGAGUUCUGCUCCUCCUCUCUCUGAGAUGCAGCCGUCUCCUCACAGUGUUCAUGGGAUCUACUGCAGUCCUGCUGACGGGAACCCUCUGCUGCUGACGGCCGGUUCUGACAUGAGGAUCAGGUUCUGGGACUUGGCGUAUCCUGAGAGGUCGUACAUCGUGGCGGGAGGAGCCAACGACUCGCUGCACUGCCCGUCUGUCCUGUACAGCAGGAAGAUCAUCGAGGGGACGGAGGUCGUACAGGAGAUCCACAGUAAACAGAAGAGCGGCGUGGUGGAGGAUUCGCCUCGCCGCGGCCCAGAAUCCCUCCCUGUGGGUCACCAUGACAUCAUCACUGACAUCGCCACCUUUCAGACCACACAGGGCUUCAUCGUCACCUCGUCCAGAGACGGCAUCGUCAAAGUCUGGAAGUGAGGACGAGCGGCGGCAGUGACAUCACACACACACACACACACACGUUCAGGUCCUGAUGGUUUGACACAGGAAGUCAGCAGCCUGCUCUAUACACUCACUACAGUCACAUGACUUCCUGUUACCCAGCAGCCCCACAGGUGUCGUCAGAUCCUUAAAGGAACAGUUCAUCCAAAAAAAUGUAAAUCCAUCCUGAUCUCAGCCUUCAGCCUCCACCGUCUGGAGAAAAAACCUUUCCUCUGAUAAAUGUCGGCUCUCAGAUCUUCCACAGACUUUGAUGAAGAGUCCACACUGAGAACCAAACAGCAGCGCUGAGCGUGUACUGCUCGCUCCAGCUGGGUCGGCAGCUCAGCACAGUAUAUAUAAAUGAGCUGUUGUUGCUCUUUGUGUGUGUGUGAGAAACAAAACAAGGAAACUGACUUGGCCAGAUCCUUCAGAGGUGAAGUGUUCGCGAGGAUCCAGCUGUCUGUCAGGAGUUUUGUUUAGGUCGACAACAUUUAUCCUGCCAGUCGAUAAAAGACGUCAGAACAAACUUCAGACCUGCUCGGACUCUCGGGUCGAAUGUUCACAGUUUUGUUUCUGUGUAAUUUUCAGCCUCAAAGUUGUAGAAAUAUCUCAGACUGAUUUGUUGGAGCAGAUCAUCAGUUAGUUCACGUAAAGAUGUUGGCUGCAGUUUCAAACCAACAUCUCAUUUUAUCUUAUGUCCCAGAAAUCAAACUUCCUGAUGAUCAUGUGACGUCAGCUGUGUUCUGAUUGGCUGUCAGUGUUUCUGUAGUUCAUUAAAUCCCCCUGCAGGUCGUCAGUGUGGUGGACUGAUGCUGCUGACGUCUGACGGUUCUUUGCUAUAUUCUGUUCUCUGCUGUUCCGUUGAUAACUGGAUUUACAUUCUUUUGGGUGAACUUUUCCUUUAAUCUCCUUAUUGUGACAAGAAACCGGUUCUUUAUUGGACUUCUUCAGAACACGAUUUGCACGCAGUCUAUAUUUUCAUUAUCGCAAAAACUCACGUUUGUCCUUUUCUUUGGUUUCUCAAAGACCAAAGAAACCCUGAAAUAAAAAAUGUAACUCAGCUUCAUCACACGUGCUGAGUCAGCUGAUGACGUCAUCACGAGGACCGGAUCCUGGAGCUGAUUUAGAUUUUUUAAAAUUCUCAUGUUUUCAUCAUCCUGAAUGUUCGAACACAUUAAUACACAAAUACUGUUUUUCUUUCUUACUUGUACAUAAAUUAUUUUAAAUCUGAGUAAUAUAAAGUUUGAUUUGAAACUUGUACAAAAUAUCAAAUGUUCCAAUCUGCGGAUGUUUCCGUGUUCAAUAAAGUCUGUUUGAUCAGAAACAAA